CGAUACCUUUCCACCCGCAAACCCGACUGCCUGCCAUGUUACUCUGGCUACUUCGCUCGUCGAAAACUGACCCAAUCGGCUGUACACUCCUCGUAAUCUUGACAAUAUUCAACCUCGCAAGUCUACAAGCUGUCCAGACAGCACUAAGAGGGCCACAGUACUGGUCCGACUACCCCAAUGAAGUCCCCUUCCCCUUCCAUAAAGCCUCGCUCGAGUUCAAAAUCCACGAAUCCUACGGGGUGCACGAGUCCUCCAACUGGGCGACUAUCAUCCCUCGCGGACGGCAUGGUUGGGUCCGACUCGGCCCUCAGGGCCGCCCAUUUGCGGUGUCGAUGUACCACCAGAUGCACUGCAUCAACGCGAUUAGGCGCGCCGUCAUCGUCGCGCAGGAUCCCGCACUGAUCGGAACUCUGAGAGCGCAGGGCGAGUUUAAGCAUGCAGAGCAUUGUUUCGAUUACUUGAGGCAGACAGUGACUUGUAAUGCGGAUACGUCGCUGGAGGUGCUUGGGAAUUGGACGCUCCUGGAUGGGAGCGUGGUGGAGGGGACGUCAUCGGAUGGGAUUUUGCAUGAAUGUAGGGACUGGACGCAGGUCAGGCGAUAUGUAAUGGACAACUAUGCAGAGUGGGAGGACGACCCGUGGCCCAUCCGAGAAUUCUGA